AAUUAAAGACCAGAGUCGUUUGAAGGACAAAAAUGCAAUUUUUUUUUUUCAUAUAAAACGACUCGCAAAUUGCUACUACUCGUCCUUUUCAUUUCACUCCAAAGAGUAUACUUACAGCUAAAUUUGAGCAAAACCACCAUGGCGGCGGCGGCGACGGCGACGGCGACGGCGACGGCAGCAGUAUCACAGUAUCCAAUGGAAGGGCUGAGGAAGAAGUGUUUGAGUAAACCAGCUCCGGUGAUAAGAACCGGCAACCGGAACUUCAAUAUCGGUAUUAAAAAGCUUUCUCCAGUUAUUAAUGCUGCGGUGAGUAGUAGUGAAAGUGGUAGUACUGAUAAUGGCGCUGUUUCUGUCACACGUACUGCUAUAGCGCCUACUCCUCCUUCGCCUUCAAGUUCCCGGGUGAAAUCUCACACGAUUUCAGUAUUUGUCGGCGAUGAAAGUGGUAUAAUAAACAGAAUUGCUGGAGUUUUUGCUCGAAGGGGUUACAAUAUCGAGUCACUUGCUGUUGGUUUGAACAAGGAUAAAGCUCUCUUUACCAUAGUGGUCUCUGGAACUGAGAAGGUCUUGCAACAAGUUGUAGAGCAGCUCAACAAGCUUGUGAAUGUCAUGAAGGUGGAGGAUCUGUCAAAAGAAGCACAAGUGGAACGAGAAUUGAUGCUCAUAAAACUGAAGGCAGACGCAACUACAAAAGCUGAAAUCAUGUGGUUGGUGGACAUAUUCAGAGGAAAAAUUGUGGAUAUAUCAGAACAUUUUCUGACUAUCGAGGUAACUGGUGAUCCAGGGAAGAUGGCUGCCGUUUUGAGAAAUUUAAGCAAGUUUGGGAUAAAAGAACUAGCUCGAACCGGGAAGAUUGCUCUGAGACGUGAAAGGAUGGGUGAGGAUGCUCCUUUUUGGAGGUUUUCUGCAGCUUCCUAUCCAGAUCUUGAAGAAAAAAUUCCCAGUGUUGGUAUCCUGAACAGCAAAAGUCAAUCAAUUGACAAUGAAGCAAGCAGUGAUUCAGGGAGGGGUGAUGUUUAUCCUGUGGAAUCCAGUGAUGAAUUCUCAGUUAAUCAAGUUCUCGAUGCCCACUGGGGAUAUCUGUAUGAUGGAGAUUUGAGUGGGAUUCGGUCACACACAAUAUCCAUGCUCGUCAACAAUACUCCCGGGGUCCUAAAUUUGAUAAGUGGUGUUAUAUCUCGACGAGGGUAUAAUGUUCAGAGUCUUGCUGUAGGCCCUGCUGAGUUAGAGGGGCUUUCACGCAUUACAACGGUAGUCCCUGGAACGGAUGAAACUAUAGGGAAAUUGGUUAAUCAAUUUUACAAGUUAAUAGAUGUUCAUGAGGUUCAAGAUAUAACUCAUUUACCAUUUGCGGAGCGGGAGCUAAUGAUCAUUAAAGUAGCUGCUAAUGCAGCAGCAAGAAGGGAUGUCCUUGAUAUUGCCAGUAUUUUCCGUGCUAAGCCUGUUGAUGUGUCUGAUCAUACAGUAACAUUGGAGUUGACUGGAGACUUUAACAAGUUGUUGGCAUUGCAAAGAUUACUGGAGCCUUAUGGCAUUUGUGAGGUGGCUCGUACAGGACGGGUAGCAUUGGUGCGUGAAUCAGGGGUGGACUCGACAUACCUUCGGGGCUAUGCUCUUAACUUGUAGUGCUAGUUAAAUCUCGAAGCACGUUCUAAUAUGGUCUAGUAUCUUUCUUGCUGACUUUUUCUGUUCUGACAACAGAGUUUAGUCGUAUGCUGUUUCUUGUACGAGCAGGUACCUGAUAAAAGUAAGAUUGGCACUAUCCACGUGACAGUUCUGUUGUAUUAGGAUUUUAAUUGAGCAAAGCUGACAACUCCAAAAUGUGGAGUAGAGCCUAUGAAGUUGAGUAAUGUUGUAUAUUAAUGCAGCUGGGAGAAGUGCAUGUCAAAUGUCUUGAAUAUGUGUUAUGUGGAGUGUAUUAGCUUGAGGUAAUUAAUA